AUGAAUGUGCCCAAGAAUCUGAACAAGCAGCUCGGCUCCCAACACUCACCUCUCCAAAGAAAUAAUGUAAGAAGGUUAGAAGAGAGACCCAACUUACUGCCCCAGGACAGACAAGAGGACAGCAAAGCCUGUUGUGAACCUGGUGAUGGAGAAGAGCCUCAGGAAGUCUCGAGCUCCUCAUUGGGGUCUGGGGCAGUGUCCUGUGAACUUGUAGAUCUAGAACGGGAUGAAAGAGGAACGUCAGAAGAAAUGCCAACAUUACUACCUUAUGAUGGAGAAAUGUUGUGUGAUCCUGAAACUCCCCAAAUGAUCACCGAAAAAGAACGAGACGAGGUGGCCAGCCCAGCACUAUGUGACAGAGAAGUGUCUGGUGAAGUAGAAGCUCUCCAAAGGGAGAGAGAAGGAGAAUCGGAGGAGCUUCCUUCUAGCCGACUAUCCUGUGAUGGACAAGUGUCUGUUGGAAUAGAAGCUCUCCAAAGGGAUAGAGAAGGAGAAUCAGAAGAGCUUCCCUCUAGCCCUCUACCCUGUGAUGGACAAGGAACAGAGCGACCAGUAGGUGGGAAUGAGAACGAUUCCAAUGUUAUGAGCUUCUCUAAAGACAUUCCAGAAUGUACUGAAGCAAGGACUGAAAGUAGUCGAGCAUGUGACACAAUAGAAACCGUGGACCUUGGAAGCAACUCUAUUUUGGGAAAACUCAGGAAGAAAAGAGUAAAAAAAAGGGGGUAUUCCUGGUCAAGGAAUAAAAAAAGACGGCAGAGAAACGUACAUCAAAAAGGAGCAGAGCUACCAGCACGUGCAAAUGAAAAGUAUUCCUGUGUUAUGGGUUCCUCAAAAGGUGUACCUGUAGGUCCGAAAGCAAGGACUAAAGGUAGCCGAGAAUGUGACACAACAGAAACUGUGGACCUUGGAAACAACUCUAGUUCGGGGACACUCAGGAGGAAAAGAGGGUCAAGAAAGCACAGAGAUGAAAGUGUGGAUUUUCACGCUGAAAUACUUCCUGUGACCUGUGGUGCAUUGAAGGGGAUGUUAUAUAAAAACAAAUUGAAAAAAGGAUCCAUCAAGAAGUGUAUAAGGGGAAAGGAUGGAAAUUGGUUCACCCCCAAGGAAUUUGAAAUCAAAGGAGGCCAUGAAAGAUCAAAAUCCUGGAAAAUGAGUGUGCGCUGCGGUGGGAAGCCCCUAAAAUGGCUGAUGGAGGAAGGAUAUCUACCUAAUCCUCCAAGAAUAUAUGGCAGGAGAAAACAGCAGAGACUACCAAACUCUCAUGACAACACUUCCAUUGACCUAUGUCAGAGAAACUCAGAUGUAUGUGAGGUCUGCCAUGAUGGAGGAAAGCUGUUUUGUUGUGACACUUGUUCAAGAUCCUUUCAUGAGGACUGUCACCUGCCACCUGUGGAAACUGAGAGGGACCAGUGGAGUUGCAUCUUCUGCAGGAUAAAGGCGUAUACAGCAAGUCAGAAGUGUAACAGGGAAUCUGAGGUCCUGGAGAAGCAGAUGGGGCCCGAGGAGCAGUUGGCAUGUGAAUUCCUCCUUGUGAAAGUCUAUUGCCAUUCAGAGAGCUCGUUUUUUGCGAAGAUUCCGUAUUAUUAUUAUAUUAAUGAGGCUUCUCAAAAGCUAAAUGAACCCAUGUGGCUGGACAAAAUCAAAAGGAGGCUAAAGGAGCAGGGUUACCCCCAGGUGGAGGGGUUCGUGCGGGACAUGCGCCUCAUCUUUCAGAACCACAGGGCAUAUUAUAAGUACAAUGAUUUUGGCCUAAUGGGACUUAGACUGGAGGCAGAAUUUGAGAAGAGUUUCAAGGAAGUGUUUGCUAUUCAGGAAACAAAUGAGAACAGUUCACUGGUACAGUGAAUGCUGUUGAUACUGGAGAAUCCCCUCUGGGAACAGCCUUCUCAACCUCCAGCUGCUGUAAGGGUUGGCGGCUGAUGCAACUCCGCCCCUAAGUUUUUACUUUGGCCAAAUAAAGCCAACUUCACCUGGAGGUUACACCUCUUUGGCUUGGGGGCUGGCCAACUUCCCUUGGGCAGAACCAACGUGUGGAGUGAUUCAUGCUCCUGUGUUCUCCCAGGGAUCAGGCUGCAACUAGUCUCCGGUUGUGGUCACCACGUUGUUACUUCGCUUUCCCACCACACAUCCUGCUUCCUUUGCCCCAUUUCUCCUAAUUGAACU